CAAAAAGGUGCGGGUUUCCAGGGAGAUGGUUAGAAGGGAACAGUCGUUUGAGGAAGAUGUGAGAGACGAGGCUUCUCUGGAAAGAAUGAGAGAGAAGAGAGAUGAAAGUAUGGUGAAAUACCUCUCCGGGUUGUAUGAUGGAAGGACUGGGAAAGGAGAGAUCCAUAUGCAGCUCUAGACCUUUCCCCUGGCUAGGUCACCCCAAAACAGAGUCCUCAACCCUACUAUGGAAACUAAAAGAUUGCUUCUCCACCAAUGAGACAGCCGCCCCUCCUCACACAUAUACAGAAAACACUUACAUGGAAAGCAGAAAGGCCGUGCUGGAAUUGAAAGAUGUCCCUCCUCCUCCACACCAUACUUCCUCCUCCCAAUCAUCCCAGCCCUUCUCUCUGGCCCCUCUUCCUUUGCCUCCUCCUUGCUUGCUUCCUCCUCAGCUUCCACAAGACUCCCACCAACAACAGCCACCACCACAGCAGCAACAAAAGGGGGCUAGCCCCAAAGUAAGCAUUUGCACUCAGUGUGAUUAUUGCAGCACAGAAGGCUAUGGGUUAUUAGGCAGUGGAGGCGUUGUUGGUAGCAAUAGCAGCAUUGCUGGUGUUGUCUCACUCUACAUGGCACCAGGCUCUGUGGAAGCCCCCAGCAGUAGCAGCAGUAUUAGCAGGUCUGGGCCUUGCUCUGUAACCUCAUCUGUUCAUCAGUACAAACAUAUCUUGAGCUGUAGCAGUGGAGGCGAAGCUCUCGAUCCUUUGCUUGGUCUUCGUUGCAAACCACAACUGCCUUCCUCUGUCGCUACCUCCCAGCCAGUUUCAUCACACCCCUACCUCCCCUGCUGCUCUGGUCUUCUCCAUGCCUACCCAGCUGUAUCUCUGCCAUGCAGUCAACCCAGCCUACCUUCCUCCUCAGCCCCUUUGGCUUCCUCUCUCCCCUCUAUUUCAUCUCUCCCUGCUCCCUUGCAUGGCUCCUGCCUGGGCUCUUCUGGCUACUACACCUGUGGUGUGGACUGCAGUCCAUCAGCCAGAAGAUCCCAGAGAAGCACAGCACUCGGUGAACACCCCACCUCUACCACCAUCACCACUACAACCACCUCAGCACACUUCUGCUCUAAUCCUAUGCACCUAAAUGUAGAACGCACGGUUUGUGUGAAGGGGGCGCACUACUGCCAGGAGUGCUUGUUGAAGCCCAUGAAUGGUCUGGUGUCAGAGUCAGUCAACGCGUGGCCCAAUGUUCCUAUUCCCCAGACUACCCCUAUCCCCAUUCCCAUUUGCAAUGGCUGCGGGACCUCCUCAGAUAGUUUGAUGCUCAUGUCAAAAACCAGCCUCAGCAAGACUGGCCAGAAGUAUGGUUCUCCAGAGAGCGCUGGCCCAGAGAACAUCCCUCCGGUGGGCGUCUUCUGGGACAUCGAGAACUGCAGCGUGCCCAGUGGCCGCUCUGCUGGAUCUGUGGUCGAGCGCAUUCGCAGCCGCUUUUUCCAGGGCCACCGUGAGGCCGAGUUUAUUUGCGUCUGUGAUAUCAGCAAGGAGAGUAAAGCUGUUAUUCAAGAGCUCAACAACUGCCAGGUUACUGUUGCACAUAUCAACGCCACAGCCAAGAAUGCUGCCGAUGACAAGCUUCGCCAGAGCUUACGACGCUUCGCUGAGACCCACACUGCACCCGCGACUGUUGUUCUAGUAUCAUCUGAUGUGAACUUUGCAAGCGAGUUGAGCGACCUGCGUCAUCGCCAUGGUUUCCAGGUAAUCCUGGUCCAUGGCAACCAUACAUCUCAAGCCCUGCUGCAGCACGCCCACCGCCACGUGGCUUUUCAGGAGAUCACGGCUGAUCUGCCCCGUAUGCUUGUCAAAGCACAGCCCAGUUUCAACCUCCUCUAUGUGCACAACCUCCCUGUCAACUGUGACAAGAGUCUGCGGAAUGCUGUCAAGCUCAGGCUCCGCCGCCUGUCAGACAACUGCGGUGGCAAGGUUCUGGGGAUGACCCAGGGCACAGCAGUCCUCCGUUUUGGCAGCACUGAGGCAGCUGCACGUGCCCGCAAGCGAAUGGAAAAUGAGGAUGUGUUUGGCCGCCGAAUCAGCCUCUCCUUCUCCCCGCGGCCCAGAGGCGAUGAAAGUCCUGACCCUGAGCUUCAGUCUCAGCCUCAUCACUUGCCUGCACCUCACCCUCAGACCCUGCCCCAGCCCUUUCAAACCCAGGAUUCAGUGUUCGCCCCACCCCUAUCGAUAUCCUCCUUCUCUUUUCUGCCCCUGGAGAAGCCCAGGUCACCCAGGAGGCCACGGCGAGCAACCCGUCCAUGCUACACCCCUGGCCCAGUGCCUGAAAGGCCCUACAGCCCCAAGAGGGGGUGCAGUGGGCCUCCCGGUGGUGCUCCAGCCAAGCCCCAUCAGGAGCUGGGCAGUGUGGAGGGCAAGCCCAAAAUGGACUUCCAGUACCUUAAUAAAGGGCGUCCAGCUUCCUCUUCGCCACACAGUAAUGGUGAGACAGGAUCCCUGGAGCAGGUGUCCAAGCCCGGCCUCACUGGAGAAUCCAUAUACAGAAGGAGAAGAGAGGGCUCCCAUCCUCGCAGUGCCACUGAGUCUCCUGUAGAGCAAGGAGAGCAGAGUUCAGCAGAGUUCCAGAUCAGCACACCCUCAGCCUUCAGCAAGCUGAACCUGCACAGGAGCUUCAGUCCCCUCGUCCUUUCCCAAGGCUCUUGGUCCUCCAGGAGUGCGUCACCUUGCCUGUCAAGCCGCUCUUCACCCCUGCUUACCGCCCCUCGUAGCCCUCGUCCUGAAGGUGCUCCUGAGCCGUUCUCAGAGGGUGCAGAAGUCCAGGUGGCCAACCUGGACUACAGAAUGUCCCGCAAGGAUCUUCAGCAGACACUGCAUGACACUUUCUCUCGAUACGGCCGGGUGAAAGCUGUGGAGCUUAGUCCCCACACUGACUAUCAGCUGAAAGCCACAAUCCAGUUGUUGUCUCUACAGCAGGCCAUCAGUGCUGUCAGUGGACUGCACCGUUACAAGAUUGGAAGCAAGCGCAUUCAGGUGUCACUGAUCACCGGCGGCAACUGCAAAUCACUUGCCAUGCUCAGCUCAGAGAUUAUCUGCAUUCUUCAGGAAGCACCUGCCAAUUGUCUUCCUCUAUUCAAGUUCACUGAGAUCUAUGAGAAAAAGUAUUCCCGUAAGCUUGUGGUGGGCGACCUGUACAGGUUACCAGACAUAGUGGCAGUUCGGGAGCAGGGAGGCUCCAGGCUUGUGUGCCUUCUGCCCAGCAGCCAAAUCCGUCAGAGUCCACUGGGAUCUUCUCAAUCCCAGGAGGGCUCCUCUUCAGCAAGUGGCAGCCCUGUGGUGUUUGAGGAGCUGGACUACCAUGAACCGGUCUGCAGACAACACUAUGCACAGCAGGACUUCAGUGAGGCUGACUUUGACCCCGACUCGUAUAAAAUCCCAUUUGUUGUGAUGUCUCUGAGCACUUUGGCCUCUGAGGUCCACAGUCUGCUGCAGUCACAUGAAGGAACCCUUCCACUACUCAGUUUUACAGACUGUUAUGAAGCCAAAUUCAGCCAGCUGAAGGUGGGCAGUGAGACUUUGGAGGACAGUGUUCCUCUGGAACACCUCAUUACCUGUGUCCCCAGUAUCACAAUAGUCACAGCUCAGAAUGGCUUCAAAGUCAUUAAGUGGAUCCACAACCGACCUCCAGCACCCAACUCAGAGUCGUGGAUUCAGCGAUGCAAGAGUCCGGUCGGCAACCCUCAGCUCAUUCAAUUCAGCCGAGAGAUUAUUGACCUGUUGAAGAGUCAGCCGUCAUGCAUGAUGCCCAUCAGCAAGUUCAUACCUUCGUACCACCAUCACUUUGCCAAACAGUGCCGCGUCUCUGACUACGGCUACACCAAGCUGCUGGAGCUGCUGGAGGCUGUGCCACAUGUCCUGCAGAUCUUGGGCAUGGGUACCAAGCGCCUACUGACCCUGACCCACCGUGCUCAAGUGAAGCGCUUCACUCAAGACCUGCUUAAACUGCUCAAAUUUCAAGCCAGCAAACAAGUGGCUAUCAAGGACUUUAUGCAGGCAUACCAUUGGUGCUUCUCCAGAGACUGGAGGGUAAUCGACUACGGCGUAUGUGACCUGAUGGACCUGCUGACUGAAAUCCCUGAUACUACCAUCACCAUCACACAUCAGGACACGGACACUAUCAUCUCCGUUCCCAAGAGAGAGCGCACUGUGGAGGAAAUGGAGCGCACCAAGCAGUUUGGGAAGGAGGUGGUGGAUCUACUCCGUCACCAGCCUCACUGCCGAAUGCCCUUUAGCAAAUUCAUCCCCACCUACCACCACCACUUCGGUCGUCAGUGCAAGCUCAGCUACUACGGUUUCACCAAACUCAUGGAGCUCUUCGAGGCAAUCCCUGAAGUAUUAAUGGUGUUGGAGUGUGGAGAGGAGAAAGUGCUGACUCUGACAGAGGUGGAGCGUAUCAAGGCUCUGGCAGCUCAGCUGGUCAAGCUGCUGCGAGCUCAGAAAAACUCCAGCCUUCCUGUCAACCAGCUGCUCACAGAGUACAGCAAGACUUUUGGUUACGGCCUCCGCCUGCAGGACUACGAUGCCAGCUCCCUGCCUGCCCUGCUGGCCAAACUCUGCCAUGUUGUCAAGGUGGUGGAUGGCUCAGAAGGUCGGGAGGUGCUGUUGAUCAACAGGAAGUCUCUGCGUUCGCUGACUUCACAGCUACUUGCACUACUCAUGUCCCAAGAGGAGCAGGUCACCAAGGGUCUUAAGGUGGAAGAGCUUAGCCAGCGUUACCUGGCUGUCCACGGAGCCCCUCUCAACCCAUGUGAAUAUGGGUUCCUCUCCCUAAGCGAGCUGCUCAAGAGCUUGCCCUACCUCGUGGAGCUGUACCAUGAAGAAUACGAUGAAAGCGUCACAUUUGGCAACACUGCUGGCAGUCGCAGUGAGGACUGGGUGAGGCUGACCAGGCUUUACCAGUUUGCGCGAUAUGUGCGCGCGCUGCUCCACACCUACCAUUACAACCAGAUUUUCCUGACCGAAUUCCAGGGAGCUUACAACAAAUUCACAGGCUGCAGCAUCGAGCCGCGUUCUUACGGAUACACCAGCACUGACGAGCUGCUCAGCGCCAUUCCACAGGUGGUCUGGAUCAAAGGACAUGGUCACAAGAGGAUUAUCGUUUUGAAGAACGAUAUGAAAGCAAGGGCAAGCUCCUCAGUCCCUAACAGCCCCCAGCCAGGAGAAAACACAGAGAGCCCGAGAGACAGCCCGAUAAGCAGUGUAAACUCUGGAGCACAGAGUUCAGGUGGCGACGUAGCAGCAGAGUCGGAGCUGCUGUGUCUGACAUCCCCGAUGGACCUGCUGUGUGGUCCUGUACCAUCUUGCCUACCGUCACCUCAGCUGCACCCAGACCCCGUCCUCCUCGAGCAAGCAGACCUGAUUCACUUUGAGGAGAAAACUCCACCACCGCAACCACCUACAGAGAAUGAUGAACCUGUGGUAGCAGUCGCCAAGCCUCCACCGCCCCCCGACAUGAAGCCACCUUUGUCCACGGACAGUCCAAGCAGAAGAGCCACUCGCAGCAGAAUCAAGCUUGCUGCCAACUUCUCUUUCACAGCAGACCUCUGAUCUUCUCAACACACACAUCCAGUGUCAUCGGCACACAAAGCCAUACCAGUUCACACACACAGUGUAACUCUAAAUAGAAGAGUUGACCGGCUACACUAAACUCACUAAAAAGAAUUGACCCCAGAAGAGCAUUGAGAUUUGUCCCCUCAACAUCCUAACAGGCUGUUAGCUUUCUUCUUCUGCUUUCUUCUAAAUGUCAUCGGCUGUCUUUGUUCUCCUUGUUUCUUGUUCCAUCAUCAGUGUUUGUUGCUCUGAUGAUGGUCACCAAGCUGUGAUUUACUUUUUGCAGAUUUUCUGCAAUUCUCUAUUUUGCCAAAUUCAUCCACUGUGACCUUUUUUUGGUUUUGUUUUUUUUUUGGUUUUGUUUAUUUCAUCUCGAGGGAAGUUAAAUUAUAUUUCCAUGAAAGUGCAUCUUCAGCCACUUUGUGUCAAAGAACACUUUUUGCCUCAUAGACAACGAUCCAUGUAGAGUCUAAAAAUGAGUUAGUUGUCGCUGUAUGUACUGUAGAGUAUGGGCUAACAUUGGGAGAAAUGGAUGAAUAAGUUUAUUUACAUUCAGUCCAAGAAAUUCAGUUACUCACUCUGUUUGUAGAGAUGCUUUGUUCAUCUGAUCUAUAUAGCAAGCUUCAUAUUUACUUCUUGUAUCCCCAAAGACAGAAUUUUAUUUACUAAAUUCAUUCAUUUUUGAACUCAUUUCAAAUAUCAGAUUUAGCUUUGUAGGAAGCCCCAGAUAUGUUAGCCAAACUGGCUGCUGUUUCAUUCUUUCAGUCCUAAGACUAAAGCUUUAUGGAUUUCUUAAGAGGUAGCUUGUCUUUGAGGUAUAUUCUCAUCUUUUGUCUUUGUUGUAAAGUUGUAAAGUAACCUAAGGAUAGCUUUUCAGUUUUUUUAUAUUACGCAGAGUAUUUAGUAGUCUGUGGAGGAGUUUGGCCUAAAUGUGUGGUGUAUUUGGUGGGAAUUCAAUGACUGGACAUAAGAGAUAGACCGGUGUUAAAUGUUCAGAUAGUCUUUCUUUAUUGAAAGCCAACAGUCUUUGAACAGGUAAAGUACAGAUUGAAAAGUUUUGAUUGACUAGCACUGCUCUCAGGAAUUUUUAUUCUUGUAGUAUUUCGACUUAAUUUAUAGCAAAGAUUUUGGCUCGUCCCUCUGUGGCUGCUAAUGAGGGCCUGAAGGGGAAGCGUGGCUCAAUAACACUCUGGCCAGGCGUGUGUUUAGGCAGCAGGAUCUGAAGGUAUACUGUCAUUGUUCCUCUUUAGCCAGCAGCCGGUGCGUUUGUGUGCUUUUAGCUGUAUUUUGUCUGUGUGUGGUUUACACGAGUAGGUGGUGUGAAAUAUGCAUGGAGUGCAUAAAUGAGUUUUAUGCAUGGUGUAAGCCAGGGAGGAGCAGACAGGAUCAGAUGACGGCAAGACAUUCUUUAAGAUCAGUCUUUUUAUUUCCACCAUGUUUUAGGGGUCUUAGAGGUGGUGUCACUGUCGCAGUUGCUGCAUGAACUUCUCAAGGUUUUUUUAUUUUUGAGUUAACCUUGUUGCUAGUCGGCUCCAUCUGCGACGGCGGCCCCACGGCCUGAGUUGAUGGGUUCAAGGGGAGCGGUAAGCACCCCUGAGUUUUUGAUUUUUAAUGACGAGGUGAAUGGUUGCGAAGGUUUUAGGGGAAAAAAGAAGGGAGUGGGAGGCGGUAGGCUGUUUGCGGAGCAGUCUCCUGAAUAGACUGACAUCCACAUAGAGGACCCUCUGCGGCUCUCUGGAAUCUGCCUGGCUUUUACAAUGGCUUGUAUUUGUCACGGCCCCAAAGGAAUCGGUAUCGUACCUCCCCACCCCUCACAUCUCAUGUUAAAGAGUUUUUACUUGCUGAUGUGUGUUGGUUUUGUCUGUUUUCCUCGGUCGGAAGUGUCUACAGGACUGCUGGCUGUUGAGUUUGCCACCAAAUUGACGUUGACUGCCCGUCAUGUUUAGCACCACCAGAGUCAAAGGGUUGCUGUUGUUUGUGUUCAGAUGAAAGGUUCAAAGAAUGGGUAAGAGCCCAUUUCCAUCAGUUUUCUGUGCAGUUUCAGUGUUUACCUGUUUAGUCAGUGUUAGCAGUGUUGUUACAUGAGUUUUCUGUGUCAGACUUGAUUUUUUGACCUUUUUAAAGCUGAGAGAUUCCACCUGCCGACUUUGACCAGUCACCAAAAAGCCAAUCAAAGUGUUUUUAAUUAUGGUUGCUGCAGCUCAGGUCUCUCCUGCGAUGUUUUACUGACGUUCUGGAAACCUAUUUGAUCGAAUUAUAAGCAGAUCAGAAUAGUUCAUGAUUUAAAAUUGGUCACAAGAUGUUUAGAUUUAACUUACUUGGAGUUACUUUUUGUCUAUUUGAAGAAGCCCCAGCUCUCCUUUUUAGAGUAUCACAGUGACAUCUAACUCGGAUAAAUAAAUUUAACUUCCCCCGUUUAGCCUUCUCUUUGUUUUGGUUACAUCAGUGAGAAGCUAUUGUACCAGUCGAAAAUAUGCACUUCUGCAUAGUUUAGGUUUAAGAAAUGCAUAAUGUGAAAUUAUUCUUUGUACUGUACCUCACUUUGUCUUCUUUAUUUAAUGAUUUUGUUUGCACUAGAUGUUCGACACUCGACUGUUAGAAACCAUAUUUUCAAUCUUUUAGUCAGGGCUACAGUGUCUUUAAAACUCCUGCCUCCUGCCUUGUGAUCAGUUUUUGUUAAGCUGCUUAACAACUGUCUCACUGUACAUUAACCCCCAACCCCACUCACCCACUCCCCACCCUGCAGUCACAUAGUUUUAAAUCCUCACGUAUCAGAAGUUGCUGUAACAGUCUAACAUUGUUGAAGGGACCAAAAAAAAAAAGAUUUAUGUUAAUAAA